AUGAAGAUACCAUUCUUUAGCAGCUCGGCGCCCAAAGACCAACUUGAUGUGGAAGAUAUCGCCACGUCGUGUGGUUGUUGUUCACUUGCAGAGCCCGAACCCAUAUCCUAUGCUUCGGAGUUUCGCGAUUUCAUACAAAAUAAUGCACCAUUGGAUUUUGAGACAAAAAUGGCACGAGCGCGACCAUUUGUUUUCGCUAGCUUUAUAGCGUGGCCGGCGUUUUGGAUGUAUAGAGGAAUGGAUUGGAGCAAUAGGGCGCCGUUGGAACGUUCCUUGGUCAGCUAUAUAAAUCGGACUUUUCAUCAAGCCAAGUUAAUGCAGUUUGCAAUACUCAGUUUGGGUCUAAUGUUUGCGGUAUAUGAAGAGAGCCCUCUUCUGCAUAAAGUGAACUAUAUGCUUAAGGGUAUCGACCACGAAGACGAUUACAGAGGUAAACCUAGACCGGUUGAUUGAUUGCGAGUGAAUAACUAACUUAAAUUAAGAGCCAGGCUCUGAGAAAAUGGG